GCAUUGUUACAGUUUGGUUACAGUUAUGACGUGCUCUAAACUAAAACAGAGGUUAAUUCUACCAGCACUAUAUGUUCUAAACAGAAAAAAUGUUAAACUUUUAAAACUUAGUUGAUGAGUUUCUGUGAUUGUUUUUUCCUUCUUUUUUAUGGCUAUUGAAUUCGUUAAUUUUUUUAUGUGUAAAAAUGUUGUUUGCGACGACAAUACAGACACAAGCCGCAAGCUUGAGUUCUCUUUAACUUGUUGAAAACGAAAACUUUAAAUGUUUAAAAGGAAUGUGCUUUGUAAGUUAGGAUCGAAUACAGCUGCGUGAGUUUUGAAGAAUAACUCUGGACGUGUAAAAAGUUACAAAGAAAAUGAAUGGGACAACAAACUUAGGCGCCGUGAGCUGCGAGGACCUGCGCGCGCUGCUGACGGUGCUCAGCCACAAGUACCGCCACCAGACCGCGGUGCUGGCCACGCUGCUCAAGCUGCUGCAGCUGUACGACCCGGGCGACGGGCCCGCGCUCUACCUCAAGUGGGUGGAGAUCCUGAGCGUGCUGCUGGAAGGCCUGGAGGCGCAGCUGCUGUGCUGCCUGGUGUCGUCGCUGCCGCUGCCCGCCGGCGCCGACCAGGCGGCGGUCAGGCUGAAGGCCCGGGACAUCAUCGGCUCGCCCCUGCUGCUGCCCAAAGGGCAGGAGAACCCCCGGGAGCGCCGCUCGCAGCGCCUCGACGCGGCGGCGGCUGAGAUCCGCACCUCGGAGUACGACCUGUUCAUCGCCGAGGGCGCCUCCCUCGACCGCGACGACCAGGUGGACACAGUCGCAGACGUGAAGGCCACUCCCUGGGAGACUCUCGUGCCUGGUGAGAGGUCGAUGGAUCCUAUUCCCAGGCAGUAUUUUGGAGCUAUGAAAGAUCAUAAAAAGAGACAUGUGGGCUAUGAGGCAUCUAGUGAAGCUGUAUCUGAAGUGAUCGAUAAGAUGGCUGGAGGGGAACCUUUCAGCAUGUCUAUUUUGCAAGCACAGACAAAUGAUCCAAAAUUUGAAAGGGCAAUAGAGCACAAAUUUGAAAGGAUUGAAGAACAAACUUCAUUUAUUGGAAAGAAAAGGCCUUUAAAGAGUUCUGAUAGUAGUGAUUUGUAUUCUAGUGACACAAGUUUAAGUAUAGAUGUAGCUGAUUCAAACAGCGAAGGUCCUGCAGUGGAUACGAAAUUUGAAGAGAAUCCUUUAAUAACAAGCUUUGAUAAUGGUUCUACUGUAUGUGAACCCAGCGAAAACAGUGAUGCAUUAGAUCGUAAACAAGUUUAUGAAACUAUAGAUCAUGUAGAAUAUAACCAGUUAUCCACCAAAAAAGAGCAUUCAAGCAAUAGCCAUUUAAAUAAUGAGUUUCCUCAAAUCAGUCCUGAAGUCAGUUUGAAAGUACCGGUAAAUGAAGAACCUAUUGACGAGAAUGUGCGGGAUUAUGCAGGGGCCGUGCAAGAGGAAACCGUGACAGGAACUGCGCCUUUUGAGAAGAAACGAAGAUAUUCCAUAUCACCUGCUAAUAGUUCUGAAGUGAAGCUCCCAAACUUAAAAUAUCCGCCCACAUGUUCCACUUUGAAAUGGACUCCUAAGAACGUUCACAAUGUGUUUGGAUUCCCAAUAAAAAAAGGGAAGCUCUUUGAUUUGUCUUCGGAUGACAGUGAUGCGGAGAAUGACCACAAACACGAAACUAUUGGUUCUCUUGUUUCAAUUUCAGACAUCAAUACUGCCAAAGCAUACCCUUCGCCGACUAUAAAUUUUGAAAAUAAAAACAAGGCAGUUUCUGAUACUACGACAUUGGCUAGUUCUAUUGGGAAACACACGCAUGAAAAUUUUAAUAAUGAUUGUAAACCCGAGAGUAGUUCCACUUCUAGUCCAACCGUGAACACUACAGGUGAAAAUAUACCAGUACCUGUCAAGUUGAAAGGAUCCGAAUGUAGUUCUACGUCAUCAACUGCUCAUUUAGGAAGGAAAUCUGUAGGAAUAACAAUGCAACAACAAAGGGAUCAAUGCCUCCCUUCUACUGUAUCAACUCCUAAAGACGAUAGAGAGAGGUCACAAACAAAUAUACAGGAUGAAAUCAAAAAUGUAAAUGUCUCUUCAGCCACAUCAGAGGUACAUAUUCUCAAAAGAGAGUCGCAGAUGAAUUUCGAACAACAGGACACAUCGGAACAAAAACAUUCCAUUCCAAUGCCAGAUUCUGUUAUAAACAAACAGGAACCUGUUGAAAAACCGAGAACAUCUCAAUGGAGUCAACCUUGUAUGCCUGUAAGCCACCCUCUCCACAUGUAUUCAUCAGACAUGUAUAAUUCCCACAGAACUGAGUGGAUUUCUACUAGUAUACCGGUGUCAAUCCCAACGCGAAUGGACUCAGCAGGCUCCUCACUCCAAGUUCACAAAGCUGCAAGUGUUCCCUCUCGAUCAGAGCCAUGUCAUGUCAGUGGAGAGACGACUGGAUCUCUGCUGAAAGGCCAAAACUGCAGUGUAGGCUAUCCAGUGCCUUAUUUCGUCAGGACGGCGAGGGGAGGAAUGUUCCGCUCCUACACGACACUCGCUCAGGCGAGUUUCAAUACACAGCCGACAGCAGUUGUCCGUCGACCUGUCCCAUGCGUGCAGCAGACAGGAGUGCCAGCCAUGCAGCAGCAGGAGCGGCAGGCACCACUGAGAGCAGCCAGGCGCCUUCAGAUGUUGCAUGUACAACCCGCUGGCUGGGGCUCUGUCCAGCAGCUUAGGAGGGUCAUGACUGGACCAGGUGGCCGUGGUAUGGUGUGGACCCCGAGCAGACAGGCUGUGUUGGUAAGGAGACAGCGUGUCACCCCCCAAGAUAACAUCCAAACCCAGCCCCACUUGAAUGUUCGGAGGCACAACCUGGAGGACAUUGUACAAGUGCUGCGAAACAAGACAUGUUAGCAGUGCAUCUCUUCUAUACCCUUGGGUGCGCGUUUCUUCUGUGAGGGUCGGGAGUGGUGCAAUUUUUCUGGAAUAUCUUAUGAAUAGUUUGAUGAUCAUAAAGAAAAACACUUAACCCUGUCUUUUAAAUUAUUUAUUCUUAUAAGUAUAUUAGAAGAAAAAUCCCAUCAUGUUCUAAUGUCGAGAACGAAAUAUGACAUUGUGAGUAUAUACGUACUUGUUUAUGCAUUCCUGUUUGUCCUGUAAAAAAAAAAAACCAAUGUGAAUUUGAAUUAUAUUUUAGACUCCAUGAUUGUGAACUUUUACAUUAUGAAUUUUCAUUAUCAAUGAUUUCACUGAAUAAAAAGAAUCUUUUUUUUUUACAGAAAACA